CGUGCGCGCGCACGCUUCCAGAGAAAAGCGCACGCGCUCCAAACGCGCCUCAGACGGAGCGCUGGGAGCGGCUGCAGCUGGACCGACUCCUGCCUGCAUGGAUGAAGGAGCUGCGCGGAGAUAAGGCUGUGUGAAGAUGAACGAACGGCUGUUGGCAGCGACCACCAGCGCCUCAGCCAGCAACAACACCGAGGCAAACAUGGAGGCAGCGUCUUGUUCCCACAUCGAUGACACGUUCAAAUACAACGCCUAUAUCUUCACAUACGUGCUGGUGUUCCCCGUGGCGUUCCUCUGCAACGUCUUGGCGCUGUUGGUGUUCUUCAAACAGAAAAAGCGCAGAGGUAAGCCCGCCUACAUCAUCAUGGUGAACCUGGCCUUCUCAGACGGAAGCUUCUCCCUCACCCUCCCUCUGCGCCUGGCGUAUUACAUGAACAAGGGAAAGUGGUUCUUUCCUGAUUGGAUCUGCAGACUCUGUGUCUUUGGUUUCUAUGUCAAUCUGUACUCUAGCAUCCUGUUGCUCACACUUCUCAGCCUCCUCCGUUGGUUUUCCAUUGUGCAUCCACUGCGUCAUCGCUUUAUGGCCAAUUCAAGGCCAACCUUGAUAACCUGUCUUGGAAUCUGGGUGUUUGUGGGCGCAUCCUCUCUGCCGUUCCUCAGCAAUGGCGUUACUUACAGAGAUGGAAUACCUCGUUGCUUUGAGCCUUCAAAUCCUAAGUCCUGGUCCAAAAUUCUCAGCCUGAACUACGUGGGUCUGGUUUUUGGAUUUCUGAUACCGUUCUUCACCAUCAUCUUCUGCUGCAGUAAGAUCAUCCACUGUCUAACAUCCUCAUCGAUCUCUAUGGAUCCAAAAGCUCGCCGUAAAAUUAUCAAGAAAAACAAGCGCUCGGUGCGCCUGUUAAUCAUGGUGAUAGCAACCUUCCUGCUCUGCUUCCUGCCUUACCAUCUGAUCCGAACUCUCCACCUGCAUGCCGUGAACGGCAACUGGAACUGCCAAGUCACCACAAUUCUCCAGAGAGCCGUGGCGGUGACGCUGUGCUUGGCAGCAUCUAACAGCGUGGUCAAUCCGAUGCUGUAUUACUACUCCACCAAGAACUUCAAAGAGGAUGUGGGAAACACGCGCUCCCUUUUAAGUAAAAGGUUCUCUUCCAUCCGUGGUUCCCAAAGAUCCAACGGAAAAGGGUCUGUGAGACGUCAAUCCUUGCCGAUGAAACCGUCUAAUUCUACCAAAGAGGCGGACUAUGGCUGUGCAGCCGAGUCGGUCAAAAUGAAUAUUCCUUGUUGCAGACCGGCUGACUCGCCUGUCUGACAGACUUUUGAUUUACUAUCUUUGACUGAAAACGUUCUUGGGAAGAAGUGCUGAAACUAGAAACUGCUUUUGGAGAGUGAGGUUUAUACUGGGAAGGAUGGGAAGUGAGUUCAGAAAAUCCUCCUGUCACUUUCUGGCUUUUUUGCUAAUGUCUAGUUUGAUAAAGGUAAUUUAUGCCACCAGUAAAACUGGGUUCCGAUAAUCCUGGUUUUUAUCCCAGCAUUUUUUUUAUUGUCGUUACAAGUAAUGAGAAACAAAAUGAUCUCUUUACAUUUAAGCCAUCGUUGUGCCCUAACCACUAGGCCACCACUCCCCAAAGCAGGCAUUAUUGUGGAGGGUCUUGUCUCAGGACCCACACUGGUAACUCAUUCCCCCCAGCUGGGAUACAGGUGACUUACUACUUGAGCAGCCAGCCGCUAAGAUAUUGCUGGGAUCAGUUUAGAUUUUACUGGAAGGUGGAAGAAGUUCUGCUUCCUUCUCCGGGAGACAUAUGAGAUGUUUUUCCUCAUAGCUGGUUUUGCAACGGUUGGUGUUCAGUCAUGUUUCUACAGUAGAAAUUCUUCUCCAGCGUGUCUUCUAGUUCUGUAGGUAACAGUGCCCUCUUCAGGAUUUUCACUGAACAGCAACCCCCAGACAGGAUUAAAGCAGCACCUCAUGCCUCUAACACAGACUUAUAAGAAAAUAUUCCCCAGCUGUGGAUUCCUCCAUAUAAAUAUUUGUGUCAAUUUUUGUAAUACUUUUUGUAAACAUGAAGCCCUCUGAGAAAAGCACUGAAACACUUUUGGGGUCAGAUCUGAACAUUGGAUCCAUGUUCUGUUGAUCCUCUCUAUUUAUCCGUAUUUAAAAAAAAGAAAGAAAAGUUUUUGAUGCAAUUUAGUCGCCUAAACAGGAAACAUAAAUAUGAAGGUCCCUCUAGAAGUGUUUUAUUCUCUGUGCUCUAAUUUCACCGCUGGAUGUUUAUGUGCCUUUUCUUACAUAAAUCAUUAACGUCCACAAACACUGUCACUGUCUCUGUUUAUAGUCGGCCAUUAAACAGCUCCUUCUUAAGAAACAUCGUUAUAAAUUUGAUGUGACUCAGAAGAUGCAGGAAUUUAUUAUCGUCAUAGUUCCUCAGUUUACUUGAAUCCGAUGUAGUUUGGCUCCAUUGUUUAAAUACAACAUCUUCCUGCUAAUUCACAGGUCCAUCGGCUCACCGUCCUUAGCCAGAUAAUUAUA